AUGCUGUACAAAUGGACCUUCCAGACGGUUGGUAAAGUUGGGGCCAUCCACUGCUUUGCAGUGAGCGGUUGCAAAGUCACACCUCCCGGCGCCAGCACACGGGCCGGCGCGGCCGACCAUUGGAAAGGUGAAACGCUAAGGUGCUGGGUGUACUGGGCCGGCUUGAGCAUCACCGUGGGAGUUGGUGUCACAAAGGAGGUCUUCGGCGGGAUGUGGUACAUCUCCGGAAAGAUCUCCUUUGCUAGGUCUUUGCUCGCAACCGAACUUAUCCCGAAGUGGCUGGAGGAGUUUGCUUCUCUAACUUUGCUGCCUGCGAAGCCGACGAAGCCCCGAGCAGACAGGCUGAAGCAGGCAGCCGAAUGCUGGUCCUCGGUGGAUCAGGGCCCCUCGGUGGAUGUGGAGGGCACUGUCCUGCUUCUCUCCGCUCUUUGCUCGCAUUGUGGUCUGCUUGGAGAUUUCGGACCGGCAGUGGAUCUUCGCCUUGCCUUGCAGCCGGCGUUUCUUCGCCGACUGGAGGAGCUGGGACUUUUUCAGCAGAGCCUGCCGAAUCGAAUGGCAGAUCUGGUUCAGGAGGCCGCGGCCCUUGCCACGCACGGUGAGGGGGCAGACGAAGCAGCGCGUUCCUUGAGAGAUGUCGGAGCCACUUCCGCCUGGUGCACAGCGCGCAUGAAGGGAUCAAGCGACCUGUGCAUCAUACAUGACCCCUACUUGGAGCAGACGGCCUACCCACGGUGGGUCGUAGGCGCGUGGCAGAACCUGGGUGGUCGGAGGACACAGGAGGAUCGUCUGGCCAUUUGCCCACUUCUAGACCGCGAUGAUUCGGCAUUUUUUGGCAUCUGGGACGGAACGGUGGAUGAUUUCGCCGCUGACCAGGUGCAACGCUUGGUGCUGCCCAGCAUUCUGCAGACAGCUGGUUGGGCCUCGUAUCAGGAGCUACACCGAGAUUCCACCUCAACAGACACGGCCUUGUCUGCCAAGAUGGAGUUGCUGCAGGCCAGUCUCAAGGAAGCCGUCCUCAGUGCUGACGAGGACGUCCUUCAGAAAUGUCGGGACGCGCAGAAUCACUACUCCAGUUGCACUGGCGUAAUGGUGCUGGUUGCUGGUGGAGUACUUACGGUUGCCCACCUUGGCGAUUCUCAUGCUGUGCUCGGCUAUAUGGAGGACGGCGACUGGCAUGCUGAUGCCCUGACCGUGGCCCACAAGCCAAACACGCCGAGCGAGCGACAGAGGAUUGAGGAUUCUGGAGGAGUCGUACAGUGCGUAGACGACCGGCGCGGCAUGCUCAUGCGCGCUUUUCUAUGUGGUGGCGAUUUUGGCGAGAGGAAGGCUCGUGGAGAUAAUCCCCGGCAGCUUGCAUACUCGCGAGCCUUUGGCGGGAAGGAUCUAAAGCCGUAUGGCUUGUCCAAUCAACCCGACAUCCGCCAGGUCGUCUUGAAUGAACAACACAAGGUUCUCAUCAUGGCAUCCGACGGUUUGUGGGAUGUCUGCUCCGAGGAAAAGGCGGUGUACUUGGCUAUGGAUGCAGCGGAGCGAGAUCUGGAUGCAGCUCAAGUGCUGGUAGAGUUCGCGCUCACAGAGAACCGCAUCAACAGAACAAAGGCUGACAACAUCACCGUCAUCGCAGCUGCUUGGUUAUCCGGCUGCCUCUUGCUUUCCAGAGUCCUGGACAAAGACUGCACCUGUGCAGAAAGCCAGGACGAGGAGUGCGAAUCAGGGGAGCGCAAAUCACUCGCACAGCCCGGCUUGGACGGAGCGGCGAGCCGCAAAUCCUUGCACGGGGAUUCAAUCACUUCGCCCUGCCACUUGGACCGCGUGGUCCUGAUCCAGAGUGCCAAGCUUACCAAGUUUGGUGGACGAUGCCGGACCUUCGACAGUUUCGAAGAGGCCCAACCCAGCUUGCCGGUGCUUUCUGACGACCCGCAGCUUUCUGCAGAUUCCUUGUGUCCCAAGCCCCUUUUGAUGGUCAUCCCUGGCCAGAUCCGCGGGACUUUCCUGGAAGCGCAGCAAGCCCCGCACGGCGCAGUCCACUGCCUGUUGCAGGUGCCCGAGCUCCUGUCCUUGUCAUCCAUGCAGGCUGAGAUGCUGGUGGUGGAAUUGGCUGACAUCGGCCCCGGCUUCAAUUGGGCUGAGCCUUGCUCCAGAGGUCACGAGCCGGAUCUGGAUGUUGCUGCGAAGACCUAUGCUGGAAUCUCUAGGCACAGCACCCUGCUCUGGCUGGCCGCGGUAUUUUCUCAAGCCGUAGUCUCGGGUCAGUGCAGCCUUGAACAAGUGCGGAGCAUGCCCUUCGAGACCGUGAACGAGCAGUAUGUCCGGCAGCGGAAGGUCCUGGUGUGCGAGCGCUGCCGGCGACCGAUGGACACCUCGGUUCAGCACCGGGACGCCUACCAAACGGGUGGCAGCAUUGCGGGUUCACUGGGUGGCUCUGUAGGUGGCUCCAUGCUGGCUGGGGCAGUCCUCGGCCCCGUUGGCGCUCUUGCUGGCGCUAUAGGUGGCGCCAUUGCUGGCUCUCGCGCCGGUGCUGCUGCGAGCGAAGGCAUUUGCGACGCCGUCGACUCCAGUGGGACUCAGCUAUGCAAUGCGUGCAAAGAAGCUGCGAAUGUUCGGCAGAUGGGCCACCAAAAUUGGGGUGGCGGCCGGUUGGGAAGUGGUGAUGAGCCAACUGCCCCUCUGCAGGCGUCCUCUGCAUCCGCGCCGAGUGCCCCUGGCGUUGGGGAGCGGCUUGGCGAGGUGGCGAGUGGUGCUGGGGCAAAGAUCGGAGAGGCGGCAUCUGCUGUCGGAGAGGGUUUGAGUGGUGUCGGCAGCUGGAUGAGGAAGUCCGUGAGCUCCAUGACUGGUAGUGACGAGCCCAAGCCGACAGCAUCUGGGCGACCGGACGAGGCCUUCCGAAGCUUUGAGGGAUCUGGCCGAGCCUUGGGCACUGAUGCCGCGGAUGUUGACCAGCGGCGGAAUGCCCGGGCGGCUGCAGCAGAGGCGGCCAUGAGAAGAGCCGGACAGGCUCCGACCAAUGGAUACGCCCAGACAUCAGCUCCAGGUAGAGGAGCUGCGAAUGCUGCAAGCACGCAGGCGGUGAUCGAUGAGGACGAGGCAUUGGCGCGGCGGCUACAGGAGCAGUUCGAUUUAGAAGAACGGGAAGGGCGAUGA